UUUAAAUAUAUCAUUACAUGCUUAAGGACUAUUCAAGACAUAUUGAUAAAUACCUCAUAAAACUUGACUAAUAAUAAAUCUGUUAGUUCUGGAUGUUAUAGCAAAUAUUCAGACAUAAAAACACCCUACAUACAUAAUACAAACAUACUUCUUUAUAUACAUAUACAUUUUGUUAAAACUUCAAGUCCAAAAUGCACUUAAAUGUUUUACAUAUAUAUAUGGUGGGCACUUCAAAAACAUAGUUACAGGAAGACAAAAAAACCUAGCUGUGCUUUCCUUAAUAAGAGUUUGAAUAAACUGUUUGAACUGAAAGUAAACUCACAUUUAUAUUUUUUAACAGUCUAAUACUAUCACUGAAUGAAAAACUCAAAAUAAUUUUAUGCAUUUUGUUGUAUUCAAUUGAUUUAGAUUACACGAUUCAAAAUAGCUACAUUUUUAAGAUACAAGCAAUCACACGAUUUGCCUGAAUGCUAAAAAGGGAACAGACACAUGGGAGCAAUCAAGAACAAAGUCGACAGACGAACCUAUGACAAAACCAUCAACAAAGAAAGACAAAAAACAGUUCACAGUUCUACAUAGAAAAAUAUUAAUCAUGCCAGAAGGCUAAGAAAUCCCUGCUCCAAUAGUUGUACCACCUUGUUGCUCAUGGCAAGUAAACCUCAAUUGAUAUAAGUCACAUACGACGAAAAGAGAACGAACUUAUUGCUAUGAUCAGUUGACCGUGUCAUCUUCGUCACAGAUAUUCUAAAACAGCAUUAGUGUUCAAGGAUCCUUUUAGUAUUUUUAUUGUUAUUUGUAUCACCGACUUGACAGCCUUAACCACAUUGUAACAUAUAUAGCUAUCUUCGUAUCUGUUCACACAUGUAUAUCUCAAUCAGAUAAUCCAUGGGUUUAAACGUCAUUUUAAAUAAAUAAGAUAGAGGAUGAUUUUCUAAUGAACUAUAUAAGGUAAAUUGUAUAAAUAGUUAUAGUUCUUUUGCACUAUAUAGUUCAUAUUGUACUCUCAAAAACAAACUGCAGUUAUUUGUCACAUUAAAAAUUAUAUCAGUCAAGAUUUAUACUGUUAACGUUAACGAAAAACAUUUCUUUAUGCAAAUUCUUAAUUUUUUUUCUCACAUACUUAACAAUGAAAGAUAUUAACACAAAAUUCGUAUAUGUUUACAUAUAUAAAUUGAUACGACGACAUAAUCACAACCUGAGCUGAAUUUAUAUCUGAAUUUUGAAUCAGAUGUUUUUCAUAAUAAAUGCGAACGCACACAAUUGUUUUUCAAUUAUACAAUGUAAUCUAAACCUCAAACAUAAGUAUGUUAAUUGUUGAGACAGAGAAUUGCAACACUGAUUUCGUAAUUGAAAUAAAAAUCUUAAACUAUACAGCUGUGUUCUUAAAGGAAAUCCAUCCUCAUAGAUUUCGUUUUGUAUUCAAUGUAUUUGAAAUAAAUUUGCUGUAGGAAAGAUAGCCCUGUAUCAUGGAAGGGAAAAUCGCUGUAGUAACAGGAUCAACCACUGGCAUAGGACUCGGUGUCGCUCGGCAUUUAGCUAAUCUUGGAUGUAAUGUUGUUCUCACAGGACUCGGAGGUGCAGCUUUAAUAGAUGAUAUAGUAGAGGAGUUCACUAAAAGAUAUGCUGGUAAAACAUAUUUUGUUCCAUGUGAUUUGACAAAAGAGGAUGAAAUCAAGAUAUUCUGCACGAACAUUUGUAACGUCUUCCCAGAGGGUAUAGAUAUUCUGGUAAAUAAUGCAGGAAUCCAGUUUACAGCAAGCAUAGAAACUUAUCCACUAGAUACAUGGAAUAAUAUGAUGGCUGUUGGUCUGACAGCUCCCUUCUUGUUGAUACAAAAGUUCUUACCAAAAAUGAAAAAAAAAGGAUGGGGAAGAAUCAUUAACAUGGCAUCCAUGAUGGGUAUUAUAAGUGGACCACAAUUGGCUGCCUAUAGUGCCUGUAAAUCAGCAUUAAUUGGACUUACAAAGGGUGUUGCACUAGAAGCCGCCCCGCACGGUGUGACAUGUAAUGUAGUCUGUCCAGGUUAUUCUGAUGCACCAAUAUUUUAUCACAAAAUAGAAAAGCAUGCUGUUGCAAAUUCUCUGUCUUUUGAUUGUGCUAAGGAAGAACUGUUUAGUACACUCAAUCCACACAAGAAACCGAUAACAGUACAAGAGAUUGCUGAGCUGGUGUCGUUUCUUUGUACUUCCGGUGCUGACAGUAUGACUGGUUCUCCAAUAUUAAUGGAUGCUGGAAAUACAGUUAGAUAGAUUACUGAGCUGGUGUCGUUUUUUACUCAAGAUAAGGAGAUUGAUCACUAAAUUUAGACUAAGUGAUCACUCCCUCUUAAUUGAAAAGGGGAGAUAUUUUAAAAUCCCAAGAGAGGAACGACUUUGUCAUAAAUGUAAAAUACUAGAGGAUGAGAAACAUUUUUUACUCUAUUGUGAUUAUAAUAAAACACUAAGAAAUGCCUUUGUUGAACACAUAUGUACUGAAAAUAAUAACUUUAAUAAUUUAAAUGAAGAAGAAAAAAAUCAUUAUUUACUAAAUCCAUCAACGCCUUUACAAACAAAUCAGUUAGGAUCCUUCUUGAAAAAGUCAUUAGAACUGAGGGCAGGGGACUCUUAACAGAUUGUUUGUUUUUAUAAAAUUUUGAUGCUGUUUUUAUUGUGUUUGUUUGAUAUGUAUGUAUAUAUGUUUAUUGUGUUAAUACAUGUUGGUCACAAACUGUAAAGUUUAUACGACAAUGAAAUAUUUGAUUUGAUUUGAU